AUGAUCACUUCCUCACCCACAAUCUCGCAACCUCCCUCGCCGAACACGACCUUCCACACGCCUAGCCACCGCCCGUACCAUGCCUCGAGACGCACAUCGGCAUCCUCCAACGCCCACUCGCCCCGCUUUGCCGUGACCACCGUACCCUCACGGCGGUUCGACGCGCCGCCCACCCCAAAGCCCACCUUCUCGGCGCCGUCCCCAGUGCCCACCUUUGCGCCUUCCCCCCAGGGCCGCAAGAGAAGCUACGCAGACAAGGGAACACAAUACUCGCCCUCUGGGUUUCCCCCCACCUACCGGCCCCAGCCCAGCGACAACACCAGCGCCGAUAACGGCGCCGACACCAUCGCGCUCGACCACGACCACGACCACGACCACGACCGCGACCACAAAGAAGCCGGCUCGACGUCUUCGAGUGCUCCCGCAAUUGCGCCUGCACAGCGGGGGGAGACCUCCGCCGCGCCUGUCGUCACGGAGCCUCCCGAGCCCCAAGUGCGGGUUACUCCGCAGCCCGUGACGCCCGCCUACAAUGUACAGCCCCAGGGGCGCCGCAUGUCGCACGAGAGCGCGCAUUCGGAAGCAGAGCCGGCCGUCGUGUCCAAAGAGUCCAGCACUGUCCUGCAGGUCCCGGCCUCGCCAGCUAAGAGAGCAAGGCCGCAGGAGCCCGACGUCAAGGUCAUGCCUCUCCAGUAUGAGACGUGCGAUGUGAAAGACCUCGGCGUGCUCAUCUCCGACAUGCUUAUGGAGCUGGUGCGCCUGAACGACGGCUAUCCGCUGCGGGAUGGAACGCUCACAAGAUUCCAUUCGAGAGCCCCGCCUGGCAUCUCAGUACGCGACUACCUCUCUCGCCUUAUAGUGCAUGCUACGCUGUCUCCGCCCAUUCUCCUCUCCAUGGUCUUCUACGUAGACAAGCUGUGCGCCAUGUACCCCGCUUUUACAAUCAGCAGCCUUACCGUGCAUCGCUUCCUCAUAACUGCUGCUACGGUCGCGGCCAAGGGCCUUAGUGAUAGCUUCUGGACCAACAGCCUGUACGCAAGGGUUGGCGGCGUCAGUGUUCGUGAACUGGCGCUACUAGAGCUCGAGUUUCUGCGGAGGCUUGAAUGGCGCAUUGUUCCAAAGCCAGAGGUACUCGUAGACUACUACAAAGGCCUGGUCGACCGUGGGACUGGAUACGUUGUAGAGAAAGAGCCGGAAUCAGGACCGACUGUCAGCUCAACCCAGAUGCCCAAUCCCACCGGAUCUGCGACAGGCAUACACACCAAUCAAUCAGGCGUAUAA